AAGACAGGCAGAAGACAAUAUAAGGAUUUAGCAGGCUGUCCUGCAUCAGAUAGCUUAGCACAGAUUGAAGUGUCCAAGCACACACCCGGACAGACCCUCUGUCAGUGGGUUUCCCGUCCUUGGAGUCCCAAACUCCAGGAGUUUGAGAAAAAUAGAUAGCCAAGUGUUAUCUGGCCCUGAACUCAUUCCUGAUUUAACAAGUAGACCGUCACGGAACGCGCCAAAAUGUUUUUCAGGGUCCCAAGACUGACACCAGGCUACAUCAGGCUGCUGCAGACCCAGGCCUACCACAACGUGGCUGUGACGCCUCCAGCUGAGAGGACCAUGCCUGGCCUGGCUGUGCUGCUGGGGGCCGUGGGGAUCGGGAUGUGUGGUUACAGCUCCAGGCAGCUGGCCCUCUACCACCGGCCCUCCGCCCGUGUGCUGCAGUGGGUUGGCACACACACUGAUGCCAGCAUGGUGUGCACAGUGGCCCAUAGGACCCCCUUCCUGGAUGUGAAUCGCCAGACCGUUGCUUGCCAGGAGAUCCCACCUCCAUCCUUUGUGGGCCAGAAAGUCCCGGUGAAAUAAUUCCCUUUGAUGCUAGGUUGGGUGUAGAUUGGCCAUCACAAAGGUUGAGCUCCGGUAACUACACUUAUGCACAACUAAGAUUGUAGCUAUGCUGGCCCCCAGUGUGGCCCAUGUGCUCUCUGAUGAUGUGCAAGUGUGGAUAUUUGACUGACCUCAACCUUUAUGUUCGCAGUGAGUUAGAUGUCUUAUGUAAUGAAUCCUGUAAAUAGUGCAACACAUACAAAAAUAGAUGAAAUUAGAUUGUUAGUGUGGAAUACUAUUGGAUUGCAUCAAUUACUCAAAAAUAGAGAAUAUCAUGCACUGAGAGGGCACGUAGCUACAUGAAAGAUUGGAUGAGUACGUAAUGAUGCGGGAACUUCCCAUAUACAUUUGAAUGUAGGAGCUAAGUUGAAGGAGCUAACGUGUUAAAUUUGGAGACAUUGUGUGUCUUUUUGAGCCUAGCCUGGUGUGAAGGGAAUGGCGCUUGGCAGUGUCCUUCUGUACACAAAUGGUUGGCAACUCUCCCUGUCCCCUCCUCUUCCCUCCCCAGGCAGACAGCCAUGUGUAAGUGCUUGAGCACCCCAUCCCUGCCCAUGACUUCAAUUGAUUUCCUCUGAGGAGUUGCAGGUGCCAUCCAUCAACAAGCCUUGGCGCUUGCUGGCGCCGCCUGUUUACCGGCUGUCAAUCAAGAUUGGAUGGGGAAAGACACAGGUUGGCUUUGUGGCUGAAACAGUGACUGGUGCUUACUGGGCUCAGAAAAGUUUAAUUCUCCAAGGGUUUGGUCAAAGUGGUGAAAGAAUAGCUGAGUGGCAGGGCGUUUUUGUGGAUUGAAACCGCUUCUUUAAGUAGAAUAAAGUGCAUUUGAUAUCACAACCAGGGUCACAUAAACAACACAAAUACACUUUUCUGGAUUAUGAAUCCUAAUUUCCCUUAACUGAGACGCUGCGGGUGGCAAGCAAGCAAGGUAGAAGGGUGAUUUCUCCUGGAAAAGCCUGUGUCCUUUGUGCGGAUUAACCCAGGUGGAAAAAUCAUUCCUGGCAACAUACGACUUUCCCUAAUCUGGUAUUAGAGGCGAGGACCUGUGAGAGGCAGGCAGUCCCUGUGCAUUCCAACUUUGUACCAUUCCCCCUGCAGUGUCCACCAUUUGUCCCACUGCCAUACACGGAUUUAUUCCAUUAUAGUAUGGUGUUUUCUUUUUGUGUUGACAAGAAAAAAAUAUAGCAGUGAAAAGGGACUUGAGAUUUGGCGAGGCACUGAGCGUGGUUGAGAAUGUGUGCUGUGCCUUGCUAUGGAUAACACAGGGUCAUACUGUCUUUAUAUUUACUGCCUCCUAUUUUGACUAUGAAUAUUUAAAAAACGUAUUUCUCCGCAAGCAUGGGGACAGGAGGUGGAGGAGGAGGUUCCUCAGUACUCUUGAAAGUUGUGAAGAAUGAAGAUGAUGAGAAAAUUAAGUUUUUCAUCACUUAGAGGUCAGCCAGACCUUGUAAUCAAUUUUCUCAUUGUUUAAGAGCCAUCCUUGUCCGUCUGCCAAAUUGGACCAGCGUUUUGUCUCCCCAAAUAGUGCGCCCUCCAGAAGAAAUGUACAUAAUCCAUUCAGCAGAGGGGGCCAAUGGCUCCAACUGGCAUCAGACACUGAACAAAGAAUUGGUUCCCUUGCUCUGGAUAGAGACUGCCAGCCAUAAUCAAUUUUGUAAUUGGAUUGUGAUGGUCUGAAAACAACAGGAUACUAUGUAUUACUAUAUACGUCUAAAGGAAGAUUAGAGAGUAAAUUGGGACUUUUAAAUGUGAAGAUUGACAUACAUGUAUAACUUCACCGUUUCUAAAAUCUAAAUCUGAAACUAUUUGUCACACUGGCGCGACCUGCAUUUUAUAGUCAUUUUCAGGUAUUGCACUUCCAUGAGUGUGAAACCAAUGAGAGUGGGGACUGGAGGUUUUGUAAUGCACCUGGCUGCUUUUGAUGGAUUCUCGCUAUACUGCAGUGGUGCACCGUGAGCACAGAGCACUGUGGAAACCUAUUGAUCUCAAUCAGAGAGUGGGGUAAAGCUUUACUCGUCACUGCAGCAUUGUGCAGUUUAUUAAGGAGAACUGCCAAGACACUGCACUCACAAAUCAAUAUCUGUAAACAUGUUUGUUGUUGGAAUAAUAUGUGGAAUAUGUUUGAAAGCACACAAUUAAUCUGUUAGCUUGUUGUGCAUCAGUGCUCAUUCAUUUCAUUCUGUAAAGGUCCACAAACUCGACUUCAGCUGCAUGAGCUCAUUAAAGGAGAGAUUUAUUCUGUUAGCAAUAUAAUUAAUAAUUAAUGAAAAGAUGUUGAAAGACAUUGAUGAAAUAAAAGCAUUUGGCAAACAUGCUGCUCUACUGUUGCACUUAGUCCCACCUGUGGGUCAGAUUGUUUUUGUACAGUGUUGUCCGAUGAAGUUGUGCUUUUUGUACCAAGAAAUAAAUAUGUUUAGUCAA